AUGCAGAGCCCCACCGUUGAAGGCACCAAGUUUAAGGCUGUCCGCGUGCAAGGUUUUCGCGCCGUGUCGGCCUUGCGGCACAGCGAAGAGGUCGUCAAGAAGCGAUGGAAGGCCCUUUCCAGACAGGCUCUCCGUCAAGCGUUCUCCAGGGCUCGCGGCUUCUUCUUCAUCACACCCUUGCAGGGCUACUCGUCCGCCGCGUCGUCACGAUCAACAGCGGUCGUCUUCUCCAAGCUGGACUAUGGCACGCCUUUUUCCCCGCUUUUCAUGCGCAUCCAGUUUCUUGACGACGGCUUCUCGCGGCAGAGCAGCAGCACCAGCACACUUGACGGCCGAAGCAGCAGUAGAAGCCGAGCAAACCGCUCGGAUCAGACUGCAGCCUGUGUCACUUCGGACAAUGCGUUGGCAACCUUGGUCCUCACGCAUACAUUCGACAUGAGCAUCGGCAAAGCCUUCACCGGCGACUUUGACGGGCGCGGACUCUUGUUCUCGCAAACACCUGCGUUCAACGAGCAGUACUACCGCUCGCCUGUGCAAGGCUCGUUGCGCCCCAGCAACGUGCUCGACGCGCAUUAUGCCCAGUCCACGGUCCACUUGCGCGGGGACGUCUCUUCUGUCGACGUCGCAGGACGCUCGAGGUUCAUCCUGCCUUACGCGCUGCCCACGCUUUCCCUCGACGACGGACGGUUCCUCGGUACUGCGAGGUGGGACUUGUACUCGCUAAUGAUCGGCGGCAGCUCGCCCUUGUGCCCUUCCCUCAGCUCGAGCAGUAACCGCAUUCGAAGCAGCACAACUUCCUCUUCGGCUGAUGCCCCCGACAUCAAGAAGGACUUUGAACAGCUCACCAUGGCAGCUGCCCCUCGUCCUGCGAAUGAUCUUCAAUGUCUAAGCUUGCAGACCGCCACUGACUACCUCACCGAGUGA